UACCCUCGGCAUAGCUUCGAGGACAAAUGUAUAUAAUAGCUAUAUAACGACUCAAGACUGGCUUUAAGGGUUGAUGUAGUGCCUGUAGUACUGUUAGGAAUUCUUUUAAUUCUAUAAGAACCACGCAUACAAAAGCAAAACUGUAAAAAAAUCUUUAACGAAAUAUAGUAGACAUUUCAAGAAAAGUUUAUAAUGAACAAAAAGGUAGUGGCCAUUGCUGUGAUAUGUGCUUUCCUGUGUUUAGCACAGAUAGGGUUGGGACUGUACGCAUUCUUUGAGCCAAAAUGGUUAGUGGGCACCACGACCUUGGCGACAGUGGAGACAUUUCAAAAUCCUAUUGACCCAGAUAGACUAGAAGAUCGUUUGGCAGUGGUGAAUAACAUGACCUUGAAUAACAACACCGAUCCACUUGGUCCAAUAACACCAGUACAGACACCUCCGGUAACAGACCCCACAACAAUUGUGGUGAAUAACAUGACCUUGAAUAACAACACCGAUCCACUUGGUCCAAUAACACCAGUACAGGCACCUCCGGUAACAGACCCCACAACAAUUGUGGUGAAUAACAACACCGAUCCACUUGGUCCAAUAACACCAGUACAGGCACCUCCGCUAACAGACCCCACAACAAUUGACCCAAAUGCUAUUUACGUGGAUGCCGCAAUAGGGAUAUUACAGACGGUGAUCAAUGGUAAAUCCAACAAUGAAAACAGGGAGGGUUUGAAAUCAGUGGUUGGUUUUGUUAUGAUUUCACUUGUGGCAUCAACGUUCAGUUUGUUUCACUGUAUGAGCCUUCUUAUAAGCGAAUGUUGUGGAUGCAGAAAAUGCGAAAAGGGGUGUAAAACAUGCCGCACCUGUUUAAAAUUUGUCGUCAAAAAAUUGAAAGAUGUGGCCGCAUCAAGCUACGCUGCAAGUGUUAGCGCUGCGGUUUCCGAUGCAAUGUUCGCAUACACCGCAAACGACUUGACCGAUAUACAGUUCGGCCCUAGUGUUUACGUGCUAAUUGCCUCCGUUUUGCUCUCAAUUACUACUGGUUUACUCAGCAUCGAUACAAGUAAGAAAGAAAAGAAAAAUGAGGAAAAUCGGCAAAGAUACGAAAUGAGAGAAAAUCCGAACAGAGAAUCAUGAGACGUAAUGUUGGUGGCUAAACUGAUUGACCGUGUUUCAUUGUAUAUAGAUAAUACAUUGGUGUGGGGUAAGAUGGAAGCUAUAUUGGCAUAGAACCCAAUGCUCCCACUUUCAACAACGCUUUUUAGAGGCUUGAGAAUACUGUAAUAUAAUUCUGUAAAAAUCUUAUAAAACGACACACAUCUAAAUUUACCAAAUUGAACUAAUCAAGUUUUAUGUAUAGUCCAAAAUGACAAAAAAAACUGUAGCCUACGUAUUUAUAUGUUUAUAUAGUAGUUACAUGAACUUGUUAUACCGUUUGUGUAUUGCUGAUACGAUUGUAAAUACAUCCGCUUAGUUAACGCAA